AUGAUGGAAGGAACCUUUACCAACGUCGGCAAUCACCUCGUCGGCGACUCUGCAUCCGCCAUCAAUAACGAGGGCGACGACCUCAGCACGCUGGACGCCGGCGAAAGUGCGCUGGACAGCGAAUAUGGCCGUGGCAACCUGAACGGUGGCCCGCGCAGGAGGAGAGUGGGUGACGAUGACGAGACCGAGGCCUACGACGACGACGAUGUAGAGAGCGUGGCCUCGCAUGCUGUCAACGGUGCGCAGGCGGGCAAGGGCGACAACGCCGGGCAAGAGGAGGACAUCGAGCUGCCAGCGCACGCCUGUGCCUACUGCGGCAUCCACAACGAGGGCUCCGUGGUCAAGUGUCUGGCUUGCUCGAAAUGGUUCUGCUCCGCACGAGGCAACACCAGCACCAGCCACAUCAUCAACCAUCUCGUACGCGCACGGCACAAGGAGGUCCAGCUACACCCUGCCUCUCCCCUCGGCGACACCACGCUGGAAUGCUACAACUGUGGCACGAAGAACGUCUUCCUGCUCGGUUUCAUCCCUGCCAAGUCGGAUACGGUGGUCGUGCUGCUGUGCAGGCAGCCUUGUGCGAGCAUGGGUGGCAGUGGCAAGGACAUGAACUGGGACACCUCAAAAUGGGAACCACUCAUCACCGAUCGCUCGUUCUUGCCGUGGCUCGUCAAUAGUCCAACAGAUCAAGAGCAAAUGCGCGCGCGUCACCUCAGCCCGCAGGUUCUUGCAAAGCUGGAAGAGAUGUGGAAGGACAACAGCAGCGCCACCAUCCAGGAUCUCGAGAAGGGCUUAAGUGCUGGCACACUGGACGACGAUCCAAACCCGGUCUUACUCCGCUACGAUGACGCCUACCAGUACCAGAAUGUCUUCGGACCGCUCGUCAAGAUUGAGGCCGACUACGAUCGCAAGCUCAAGGAAGCGCAAUCACAGGACAAUCUCAUCGUUCGCUGGGACUUUGGCUUGAACAACAAGCACCUUGCUUCCUUCACAUUGCCAAAACUCGAACUUGGCGACGUCAAGCUUGCAGUCGGAGACGAGAUGCGCCUGCGCUACGUCGGCGAACUUCGACCACAUUGGGACGGCGUGGGUUACGUCAUCAAGAUCCCGAACAACCAAAGCGACGAGGUUACGCUUGAACUGCGCGGACGAGGAACCAGUGGAGAAGGAGGAAAGGGCGGCGGCAGCGUACCCACCGAGUGCACCCACAACUUCACGGCCGACUAUGUUUGGAAGGCUACCAGCUUCGAUCGCAUGCAGUUUGCCAUGAAGACUUUCGCGCUCGAUGAGAUGUCUGUCUCCGGUUACAUCUUCCAUCGCCUGUUGGGCCACGAAGUCGCUGCUGCUCCCAUGAAGACCCAGCUGCCUCGAAAGUUUUCGGUGCCAGGCUUGCCCGAGCUCAACGGCUCGCAGAUCAAUGCUGUCAAGUCUGUCCUUCAGAAGCCGCUCUCGCUCAUCCAGGGUCCACCCGGGACCGGAAAGACGGUCACCUCAGCUACGAUCAUCCACCACCUCGCUAAAAUGAACCAGGGCCAGGUCUUGGUUUGCGCCCCUUCCAACGUUGCGGUCGAUCAGCUUUGCGAGCGCAUCCACUUGACCAAGCUCAAAGUCGUGCGUGUGACAGCCAAGUCUCGGGAGGAUGUUGAAAGCUCAGUCGGCUUUCUCAGUCUCCAUCGUCAAGUUGGCAUGAACGACACCAACCCGGAACUUGCGAAGCUGAUGCAACUGAAGGCAGAGUUGGGCGAGCUGUCGAGCCAGGACGAGAAGAAGUUCAAGACUCUGACACGUGCGGCCGAACGCGAGAUCCUGACGAAUGCGGAUGUCAUCUGCACGACCUGUGUUGGCGCUGGAGAUCCGAGAUUGGCGAAGCUGAAAUUCAGGACUGUGCUGAUCGACGAGAGCACACAGUCGGCCGAGCCAGAGUGCUUGAUCCCGCUUGUACUAGGCUGCAAGCAAGUUGUUUUGGUCGGAGAUCACCAGCAGCUCGGGCCCGUCGUCAUGUCCAAGCGCGCUGCGAAGGCUGGGCUCAAUCAGUCCCUCUUCGAGCGCCUCGUCAUCCUCGGCGUGGUACCAGUACGCCUGCAAGUCCAAUAUCGCAUGCACCCGGCCCUGUCCGAGUUCCCAUCCAACAUGUUCUACGAAGGCUCGCUACAGAACGGCGUAACGAUGCAACAGCGCAUCCGUCGUGAAGUCGACUUCCCAUGGCCCGCUGGUGGAGGUGGUCCAGGUGGAGAGCGUCCGAUGAUGUUUUGGUCGAAUCUCGGCAACGAAGAGAUCAGCGCCAGCGGAACGUCCUACCUCAAUCGCACGGAGGCCGGCAACGUGGAGAAGAUUGUCACACGCUUCUUCAAAGCUGGUGUCCAGCCCGGCGAGAUUGGUAUCAUCACUCCGUACGAGGGCCAACGCAGUUAUGUCGUACAGAACAUGGCCAAUUCGGGCAGCUUUAAGAAAGAUCUGUACCGCGAGAUCGAAGUGGCCAGCGUGGACGCUUUCCAGGGUCGUGAGAAGGACUUUAUCGUGCUGUCCUGUGUCCGUUCAAACGAGCACCAAGGCAUCGGUUUCUUGUCAGACCCGCGCCGUCUCAACGUGGCUCUUACUCGUGCUCGCUAUGGGCUGGUCAUUCUUGGGAACCCCAAAGUCCUGGCGAAGCAUCCGUUGUGGCACUUUCUGCUGCUGCACUUCAAGGAGCGCGGCUGCUUGGUCGAAGGACCAUUGACGAACCUGCAAACCAGCUUGCUGCAGUUCGGCCGUCCGAAGGUCGCUUAUCGCGGCCCACAGCGCUUCCAAAUGGGCAUGAACAACGCCGCCGGCGGACAGAUGGCGGCUGGACCACCACGAGGCAUGAACGGUGGAAGCAGAAAUGGUGAAGGCCAAAGCGUUGCGGGCUACAUUCCCGACGACGUCAGUUCAAUUCACUCCUCUACACUUGGAGGUGGCGGCGGCGCUCCGCUCGCCCCAGCCCAGCAGCCGGCGUACCCACCAAUGUUCCAGAGCUUCCAGGACACCUGGCCAACUCUGCCUCCUAAUGCUCGCGGCGGAUCCGCUCCUCGUGCCCCGGCGCCAGGCCCUCAAUCUGUCGCCGGCGAGAGCGUUGCAGCCUCCGAGGUCACCGAUCUCACCUCCACGACUCGCAACGGCAUCCCGGGCCAGGGCGGCGUCAGCCUUGCCGGCCUCUCGAUCAACGAUCUCAACAAACAGGCCAGCCUGAGUCAAAGCGACAAGCUCCGCAGGUACGUUGAGGCGCAGCAGCAAAGCGUGCAGCAACCGCCGAUCGGUGCAGGCAGAGGUCCGGUCAACAGGACUACACUGGGCGACGAUGAGGAUGCGAGGAGCAUCUCAACGAGCUUUGCAAGUCAGGUGGGUGGAUAUCGAGGAGGUGCGAACGUAGGUACGGGUGGGUAG